CAACGGUGUAUUAAUGCAGGAGGGGCAUACUUUGAAGAUUAUUAACUCAGUGAUGAUUGGUGCGAUGCCUGCGGUGGCAGUCCGCCACGAAAGAAAACGGCAAGAAAAAAGGUUGAAACGUCCUAGUCAGCUUUACCUAGGAGGCCAAUGGAUGCCACCACCCCAAAGUUCACCACCUACUCCUAGUCCUCAUGGUCACAAUAGCCACAUGGAACCUUUACCUGAGUUGUAUCUAUGUGGCAAGAUAUCAGGGCUACACGCAGUGGUGGUGUGUCUAUUGUUGGGUGCAGUGGUACUGGUUGUUGGUUUAGUCCAACUUGCCCCGGGUGCAACAACCACCGACCAUAGACUUGCUCUCCUCGUAGCGGGCACUAUUUUGCUUCUCUUAG